GAUGGCGCAGCGGAAAAAGUGGCAGAUGAGUCGGCCGAGAAAGCCUGGAUUACCUUGAGCCGCCAGUAGAGAGGAGAAGACCAGCAGUAUUCUUUAAAACUUCAAGAUGGCGGAUGCCGGCCAGUCAGCGCAAAGCAUUGGAGAUGUGAUGAAAUCUAUCAAGCAUGUGAUUCUAAUCCUUUCCGGUAAAGGAGGUGUUGGAAAAAGUACAGUUACAACACAGAUUGCUUGGUCUCUCUACAGCAAAGGCAAAAAGGUUGGAAUACUGGAUGUGGAUUUAUGUGGACCAAGUAUUCCAAGAAUGAUGAGUGUAGAGGGAUGUGAUAUACACCAGUGUUCCGCUGGCUGGGUUCCAGUUUAUACAGACAAGGACCAAAGACUUGCAGUCAUGUCCAUAGGUUUCCUUUUAAAUAGCAGAGAUGAUGCAGUGGUUUGGAGAGGACCAAAGAAAAAUGCAAUGAUCAAGCAGUUCCUAUCAGAUGUGUGUUGGGGAGAGCUGGACUAUCUGGUAAUUGACACACCACCAGGGACAUCUGAUGAGCACAUAACUGUUGUAGAGAAUUUGCGAGAUUACAAUCCAGAUGGAGCCAUUCUUGUUACUACUCCUCAGGGAGUAGCAGUUAAUGAUGUCAGAAGAGAACUCACUUUCUGCCAAAAGACAAAGAUCCCAGUCUUGGGUGUGGUGGAGAACAUGAGUGGAUUUGUCUGUUCUCACUGUAGUGAAUGUACAAAUGUGUUUUCAAAAGGAGGAGGAGAAGCAUUAGCAGACAGCUGCAAAAUACCAUUUUUAGGUUCUAUUCCACUGGAUCCAAGUUUAACGCAAUCCUUGGAAGAUGGCCAAGCCUUUAUAGAUUUGUUUCCUAACUCGCCAACACUAAAUGCAGUAAAUAACAUUACAACCAAACUAUUGCAGCUGGAUAUUGAUUGAGAUCAAUGAUGCAGAGAAGAUUUUCUUGCAAACUUGGAUAGAAAUACAGUCUUUGGACUAGCUCAACAAGAUUAUCAACAGAUCCAAAUUUUUCUGCUCCCAACAGUGUACACUGAUCAUCCAUCAGGCAAAAAUAACAGUGAAGGCAUCAACAAAGUGACAUUGUCUCUACUAACUCCAAAUUCUCAUUGCAGCUUACCACUUCAAGAGAAAUGACCUGCAGAGUAAUGAAUAUAAGUUAUGUUGUCAAUAGGGAAAGGUUGAAUUGGUUGUUGAUUGUCAGAUUUCUCCUGUAAGGUUUUUACUAUGACUGUUGUUUGGAAGGACAUUCCAUAUUCUGGAAAGGAAUGUUGUAUGACAUCUUUGCUGUGUUGUGCAACAGUUCUGAGAUCAGAAAAAGAAUGACAGGGAAUAAU